UUAAAUGAAACAAAGUGAACUUUCUGUGUAAAAGUAUUUUUUCACACUUCUUCUUAUAAACUCAUAGUUUCAUGUAAGUAAUCACAAUUGUCCUUUUUUCAUUUCAUUACAAGAGCUUUGUGUCUUUUUGAAAAUAAAUGCUUAAAUGAAGAAAAACAUUGAUGUUGCUCCUCCAACCUUUUUUUCUCAAAUUAUUUUGAAAUUGUUCAUGCUCGCUCAUUUCAAAAAUGAUUUCAUUAUAUAAUAUGUUCCUAUGUUCACCUCCCUAGCAUCUGGAAUCAACAGCCCAUGUUCAACUCACUGUGUAAUUUGGAGAUUUCACAGUCGGUUAGUUCUCCAGUCUAUUAUUAAAAGAGUCGAGAACUAAAACCUUUAGCAAAGUCAUGAGAAGCCAUGUGAAAUAUAUGUGAGCACACAAUCUAAACUGAAAUGAUAUAUUUAAAUGCGCACUCUGUUUCUCUUACUGGCACCACCACACCUCACACCUGGUGUCUGUGAUGCACCGUUGCUCUUUGCAUUGUUUCACUUCUGUAUUUUGGUACCUUUGGGGACCUGGGUGUGACUCAAUGCUUCCGCUUGCUGCUAGCCCUGAUCACUCUGCCCCAUCAUGCUGCAACAGCUGUGCAACAGACCUCCAGCAAUUUCUCCACCUGACUUUAAGUCACCAGACACUGUAAAAGUACAACUCUGCCACCUAGCCUAAAUACAGAGAUGUUACACUUAGAAUUGAGACACCACAGUUGGUUACUUAACCAAUAUCUAAAAGCUGAGCGGAUCGUCUCUCCAAACAUCACAUUACACCCUGUCUGGGAAGGUGAAUACAAGGCCUCACCAGUCAGACUCCUCUGCACCCUAAGAGGCUUCUUCCCAGACAAACUGAGUGUGGAGUGGAAGCAGGACAACCAACCUCUUAAGAUUGCCACCAUCCAAACAAAGCUGCAGAGUGUGGACGGAAUGGAGAAAACCUUCAGUCUAAGCAGUGAGAUUGAGCCAAAUGUGACUGUUUGGGCACAUGGCUCAAGUUUUACAUGCAAGUCCAAACACAAAGAUCAGGAAUUUAUCAAAACAAUAAGUAUUUGUCAAAUCCAUGGAAGUGCCCCUCCUUCCAUCCACGUGGAGAUCCCCAGCUUCAAGACAGUAAUGAUGACAGAAUCCACUAACUCUGUGAAAGCAACAUGUUUGGUCCGCACUGUUCUUGAUGCCAAGGUGACCUGGCUGAUGGAUGGGAGUGUCGCAUCUCUUACAGAAACAGUGAUCAAGGACAAAAACACAACUCAUAUAACCAGUAAAGUGAUGGUUUCAUUAAGUCAAUGGAUAGAACUCAAGUCUAUAACAUGUAAAGCUGAACAUAAGUGCUUCUCAUCCACUGAGAGGACUGUGAGUGUUGCAGGGCCUGCAGUUACAGCCCCGUUGGUUGAAAUUAGAAGAUCCCUCAAAGAUUUGCUCAAGGGGGACAGCACCGUGCUGGAGUGUGAUGUCACACAACUCUCAUCACGUGACCUGUACGUCACCUUUCAGGCCAACAGUGUUGACAUCUCUGACAAACAGUAUGUUGAUCUUCCUGAAGUCCCAGGCCUCCAUUCAAUCAGCAGAAGAUUCUCUAUCCCUACAAGUUCCUGGAAGAAAGAUACAAGUUUCAGCUGCAGAGUGAACCAAGGCUUCUCAGGCAACUUCAAGUCAAACUCCACUGGCAAUGUUUUUGUGGACCCAUCAAUGGAACUUCUUCUGGCCCCCAGUGAAGAAUCAGAACAACAGAGGCUCGUAUGCUCUGCAUGGGGCUUCAACCCUCAAAUUAAAUGGUCUUCUGAGUCUCAGCAAAGAUCUUCAUCAACUUAUGAAAUCAGCAUGGGUGCAGAUGGACGUGUGGCAGCAACCAGUCAUCUUAAUAUCCCUCGCACAGAGUGGAGCAAAGGGAAGGUGUUCACUUGUGAAGUAACUGAAAAGUCUCUGAACUCAAAUGUGAGAAAAGACAUCAGCCUCUGUUCAGUAACUCCAGCAUCAUCUCAGAAACUUGGCAUAUAUGUUCAGGGACCACCACUCCAGGAGCUUCAGAACAAGGGUCCGGUGACUAUUACCUGUCUUCUAGUCGGUCCUUCUCUUAAUGAUUUCUCUGUCACCUGGAAAGUAGAUGGGAACAGUUAUUCCCUCAAUGUCCAUAAGGAGCCACCAGUGAGUCACAGCAAUGGGACAGAGACUUUGUGGAGCUCCCUCAAUGUGUUAGCGGAGGAUUGGCAUGCAUAUAAACAAGUGUCUUGCGAGGCAAAGCAUCGAUGUUCCAACAAGAGCUACGAGGACCAUAUAAGCAAAAGCAGAGACCUGUAUCCACCAGCAGUGAAGAUAAUGCAAUCAACUGCCUCUGACCAGUCUACUUCAGACGUCCUCGCAGUUAUUUGCCUAGUGUCUGGAUUUUUCCCAUCUAACAUCAUAGUGUACUGGGAAAAGAAUGGCCAGAGACUCCCUGCAACUCGCUACACCAACAGUCCUGCAUGGAAAUACACAGGGAGCAGCACUUACUCAAUGAGCAGCAGACUAAACACAUCAAAAACUGAGGACAAUGAGUCUACGUAUUCUUGUGUUGUCAGACAUGAGACAUCUGAAACACCUUUUAACAGCACCAUAAAGGAUGUGUUUGCCACAGUCACCUACAGCAAACCUUCAGCCACCUUGCUCCAGGGCUCUGGUGAACUUGUGUGCCUGGUCUCUAAUUUCAGCCCAGCGUCCAUUAACAUCACUUGGUUACUCGAUGGCAAGGAACUGUGGGACUAUAACACUAGUGAACCCCACAGAGGCCCAAACGGAAAGUUCAGCAUCCAAAGCCACCUUCGUCUGUCCCAAGUCAUCUGGUUACGUGGGGCAGUCCUCACCUGCAUGGUGACACAUGCAAACACCACCCUAUCCCGGGAUAUAUCUAAACCAGACAUCUUGGAGGACUGUAAUUUCUUAGAUGACCUCAUGCAUGCUGAAGUAAACCAAGACACAGAUGUGGAAAGCUGGUAUAUGGCUUUCACUUUUCUCAUUUUUUUCCUCAUCUCGAUUAUCUUUGGUGUCUUGGCUACCAUGAUUAAGACUAAGUGAAGAUGACCAAAGGACAGAUCCCAUUUAAUGAGCCACAUGUGGACUAAUGAGGAUUUUUGAUGGCAGAUGGCCUUUCUAGUUUUAGGAUGUAAUAAAUUAAUUUCUGCUACUUCUUUCUUUUAUUAUGUUAUGAAACUAGUUUGUACUAUAUUCAUUUCUUUUUUUAUGUUUCAUGUAUGUAGUGCAUGUGUGUAAGAGGAAACAAGACAACAAUAGAUAAAUAAAAUACAUGAAGCUUUAAAUUCUGACUUUCAGAUUCAAAUACCAAUGUAAUGAACACACAUUCUAUCACUGGACUCAUUCUUGCAUUUA